AUGGAACCUAUUCUACGUCGCACUCGAACUCCCGCCAGGCUGGCGGCUCUACAGCUCAGCCCCCAAUUGCUCAAUGGCUGCUUCCAUGAGGCUGACCGCGCCGAUCUCGUCGGCUUCCACCUUCAAGGCCUCCGAAAUGCCCUCCCAGAGAAACUUCACUCCCACUUAAAUGGGAUCAUCGGGGAGAUCCAAAAUACGAGCAGACUCCUACGAGAUCUUGCGGAGCAGGCUCAGAUUAAUGUUGCCCAGCUACCCACUAUUUUCGACUACCUCAAUGUCAUCCUCCCGUGUCUUUGCAAGACCCUAAUGGACAUAAUGUCAUAUUACGAGGAUAAGUCAAUGGAUAAGGAGCAUCGUUGGAGAACUAUGUACCAUAAGAUGACCAAUGAACUGCCGGGCACGACUCUACCAGCUAGGUUUAUCAUGUAUAAUCAAUUCCUGGGAUUGCUAGAGGAUCUUCUAAGAAGAUCGCCAAACUUUGACCUGAACGCAAUGGAGUCACUGCGGAUCCGCAUUCUUCAAUUACGAGAAGCUAGAAACAUACCUCCGCCGGAUCCCAUAAGAACCGACCUUAUUAGGCGGGAUGAGGCGUUGGAAUUCUGGAAUCGGGAGACGGUAGGUAACCCAGGUCCUGAUUCCGGGGCUUGUGGUAUUGAUAUGGGGCAGAAUUCGCACUGGGCUGAGGCGAUCUUCACCCAGCCAUUGACUUCCCGAAGGGAAUUCAAGAGCCAAGGACGUUCGGACGCCUUUGGCCAUUUACAAAUGCUCGGUCAUCUCCCACCUCUCUCGCGAGACGUUAAGAUCCUAGUGAAGAGAUCAUUUGAUAGCGACCGCAUCUCGGUCAUUUUCUUCUUGCAACUAAGGAGCCAGGCACCAUUUCUCCUCAUACGUUCGAAAGUCGGCAGCCAAAAUUGGGUUUCCAUACAUGGUGUACACGAGCUGACCAUUCGGAGAGAGAGCGAUUCUAUGCUGCACUUGUCUAGAUGGAGUCGCAAUGAACAACGGGUCAAGCCUUGGGCGAACUUGUCUUUCUUGACCUGGGAAGAAAUGGUGCUUUUCUUCUGCACAUUCCUGUGCCUAAGAGUCAGAAGUCAACUCACGCUUAACAUCAACCCUAAUGAAUACCACCUUCGCAAAGAGCGGCGACUUUUCCAAGCGCAAAUUAUUGAUGAUGGUUAUCCUCAUGUCCUUAUGGUAUUCGAAGAUGCCGUCACGGGAGGUUGCCGUCUCCAUGCUGCCGUCUGGGAGGGGAAACUGCGGGCAUGCCCUGUAUGGACUGCAUUCAUUCCUCCAAACGUAUCCUCUUCCUGGCUCCUCCGCAAGACCUCGCGCCGCAUCUGGCUACGCGACAUCCAGCCUUACGUAUUCUGCGAACAAUAUCGGCCGAUGAACCAGCGUAAGGGACGAUCCGGCGCGUUUGAGCUUGCAUUCGCUAAGAGUGAGGCUGCGACACGCUUCCAGGAGCUGUUCUCCUCAUCCCCCGGCGCUUCCUCCUCGUCGGCCGUCCCAGACUCGACCGAUAUCAACGACGUAGUUUCUCCGGACGCAUAA